CUUAUCUCUUCCGAAAUCUUGUCUCUCCAUCUUCCCGAGAAAAUUCGUUCUUCUCAGGAUAUGGAGGAAACAGUCAGUUCACGGAUACUUGAAGAGAAAAUCUAUGUCGCAGUUGGGAGAAACGUAUGGAAGAACACAUCAAAUCUCCUAUGGGCUUUACAAAACUCCGAGGGAAACAAAAUCUGCAUCCUCCAUAUUCACCAGCCAUCUCCAACUAUUCCUGUCUUGGGUACCAAAUUCGAAGCUUCUACGGCAGAUGAGGAGUUAGUGAGAGCAUAUAGAGGCAAAGAAACGCUGAAAACAGACAAGAUUCUACAAGAGUACCUUAGUAUUUGCCUGAAGAAAGGGGUACAUGCAGAGAAACUGUGUUUUGAAAUGGACUCAAUCGAGAAAGGGAUCUUGGAAAUGAUACACCAGCAUAGGAUCAGGAAGUUUGUUAUGGGAGCAGCUGCAGAUAAACACUAUUCCAUGAAAAUGGAAGAUCUCAAGUCCAAGAAAGCAAACUUCGUCUGCCAACAAGCGCCUGCUACUUGUCAAAUACAGUUCACUUGCAAAGGAAACCUUAUCCAUACAAGGGAAGCUAGAAUGGAUGAAGUUCGAGCUCUCUCGGCGCUCUUGUCUGAGUUUCAGCGGCUUGUUUUGCCACAAACAAGCACUGAUCCACUUCAAGAGGUAGUAAGUUUGAAUGGAGAAAACGAGAGGGGAUCCUCCUUGGAUACCAGCUCUUGUCAGUCUGCUAAUACAUUAUCACAGCCUGGAACAUCACUAAGCUUAGCUCAAGAGGAACAGAAUGACUCAUCUUCUCACGUUUUUCCGUGCAGUGGAAUGAUGAACCUCCUGAUCAACUCCACCAAGCUAUGGCAGAAGCUCCCAAUCCAAAACAAUGAACUGAAAUAGUUGUGUCUAUUAAAAAAAUAUGUAACAAAAAAACCAUUUGCGUCUUUGUGUAUUGUGUGAUGCUAAAAACAAAGGAAUUGAUCCUGAUCAAGGCGAGUGUUGUUAUGUUU